UUUAAUUUGUCAAUGCAAAAUGCCGAAAAAAUUUUGCUUACCUAACUGUAAAGUACAACGAGAUGAUCCGGAUGGUCUUGAUCUGAGCUUUUAUAUUGUCCAAGUGUCCAGUAGCAAAGAAGCACCUGUGUCAGAUGACGUAGAGUUAAGUUUGAUUGAUCCCAAUGUACAGGAGAGUAACGAUAGCAGUAUCAGUGAAGUUACCAGCUCUAAGGUUACCACGAUAAGAUCUAGCAGUAUGCACAAAAAGUCGCUAUCAAAUAUUGAUAUGGAUUCAAUACCAUUUACAAUGGAGAAUCUACCAAUGAUAAGAAGAAUCCUCCUUAAUAGACAAAAUGAAGUUAUUGCUCUAAAGCGAAAGUUGCAGGAAUCGGUUCCAGCACAUGCUUCUGAAAUUUGGAAACGAAUCAUUCUCUUCUCUUAAGAAAAUUUGCUUCCACACUGCACUUCUAUUCUCCA